AUGGCCGCCGAGUCCCACGCCCGUACGCUCUACCGCGCCAUCCUUCGCGAACUUCCGCCGCGCAGCUCUGCCGCAGCUCCGUCUCCAAUCCGCAGCAGCAUUCGGCAACAUUUCGCCCGCCCUGCUUUCAACGUGUCGCCCGAAUACAAGCUGGCAAGGCGACAAGAAGCCGAACAGUUUGUACAAUUUCUCAAAGCACAAAGGGUCUAUGGCGAGCUGCUCGAGCGCUACAACCCUGGAAUGAACAUGGACGAUGAAGAACGGGUGCGCCUGAGUGCGAGAAGAGUCGGCAUGGAGAUGCCUGUUGAGUGGAAGACAGGCAACAAAUGA